AUGAAGUCAUUCCGGACCAUGGUGUUGGUGUUCAAUUGGCCUAUUUCACUGACCGCUAUGGGCGUUUGGGAUGUGACUAACACGAUAGGUCAUCCUGUUGCAAAUACGGAGAGCCAUGCAGGACCAUGGUCUCGCUUGACCGAACCCAUACCACACGAGACUCCAUCGCAACCUGUCGUUUUUACACUCAUUUCACCUCUUGAAAACGAAAGACAGACUCUGGAAACUCUCAAAGACUCUUCCAAGCAUGUUCACCACGAUACAACACCUCAAAGUACACAGCCUAGAAUACCUAUCUCGCAGGCAAAGCAGGGGUUACAGCAAUCUUUAUACUCUGGUUUACAAGGGUCCUCGAGUACAUUCAACCCGGCUAGUCUUGCCAACGGAGAACCCCGAAAGCACAUACCGGUUUCGUUGUUCAAAUCAGCACUACGCAAGCGCCCGGUUCACACUCAUGGACUUGAAUAUCAACCUCCCAAGAAUCAACUGCUUCAUGGCCAUUCUUCAUUCGAUGACAAUGAAGUAUUCAUCAGUCAAGGAGAGAUGCGUCGCCCAUCCAUAGAUACCGACAUUCACAUCGGGACAUCAUCGACUUCCCCAAAUCAGCAGCCCUCACGGUUGCAAUCCGAGCGCCCUACAACUGCUGCACUCGAGUCUGAAAAAAAUUCUAUCUCAAAACUCAAAGCACCCCGCAAAGAAAGAACUAAAUCUGAUGAUCCAUUGACUACCAAAAAUCAUGAACCCAAUAUCGAAGCUAUAGCGAGAUAUUACGGUCAAAACUGGCGUAAAGAAAAGAAGAGAAAGGAGCGAUUAUUGCACAAUUUUGAUGCCAAACUUGCUCAGAAGUUUGUGUCAGAUCCGAUUCAUCAAUCGAUUUCACCUAGGGAAUUAAUUGAUGAAUAUGAAACUCAAAUUCAAGGAUUUUUGGACUUAUUCGGAAUGACAAAACGUGAAAAUCCUGAGCAUACACUAUAUUUGAAAAUAAAUAUGCGAAAACUUUUAGAUAAUUACUUAGAAAUGUUGAGCAUAUCUUCAGAAGUUGUUUUCUCGAAUCAUUUACACACCAAUAUGAAAGAAGACCUUCGUGAUGGUUACAACUGGCUCGUGGCAAGAUUAGAAAACCUUCCAAGAACUGAAUUUGACUACUUACCGGUUCUAGGAAACACUGAAAGACCGACUGAAGAUAGAGACUUUGUGGAAAAAUUUGUUGGUCUUUCUGUAUAUGAGGGUACGGCCUUUUGGCUAUCUCAUAGGUUAUAUAAUUCAAGACGUAAAAGAGUGGCGGCUACAUAUGUAAUAGAAUUCAUGGCUCAACAUCGAAAUCAUUGGAUCAAGUACUUGACUCCUUCCAGUGCUCCUAAGUUAACUGUCAGAACUUUUAUGUCUUUCACAACGAGGGUAAGACCAUUGAAAUAUGGUACUGAAAAUACUAAGGACGCUGUCAAUGUUGUCGGCCACGAGAUGCCUCAAAACACGCAGCCUACAUUACCUAUUUCAGAGGCAAGGCCGGCGUUAGAACUGUCUACAAACUCUGGCUUCCGGGGUUCCCCAAUUACAUCCAAUCCACUUCUUCGGUUGUUCUCACCGGCUAGUCGUUCACAAGAAGAAGCCUCGCUGAACGCAUUCAUGUCAUUGUUUAGAUCAAGACAGCUCAAGCGCCCAUUUCAUACAGAUCAAGCUGAAUCUAUAUCCUCGAAACAAAACACUCCUCAGAAUCCUCCUUCAUUUAAUGACAAUGAGGGAUUCAUCGAUCAAGUAGAAAGGCAUCGCCCAGCCAAGAAUCCCAAGAUUCAUACCUUGGCAUCUUCGACUGCCCCAAAUCAGCAGCCUCCACAGUCACGAUUCGAGCCCCCUGCAACUACUGCACUCGAGUCUCAAAUAAAUUCUAUCUCAAAACUCAAAGACCAUCGAGAUGAAGGAACUACAUCGAAUGUUCCAUUAAAUACCGAAAAUCAUCAAUCCAAUGUCAAAGCUAUAGCAAGAUAUUACGGUACAACCUGGUAUCAUGAAAAGAAGAGAAAGGAAAAAUUAUUGCACGAUUUUGAUGCCGAACUUGCUCAGAAAUUUGUGUCAGAACCUAUUCAUCAAACCAUUUCACCUAGGGAACUAAUUGAUGAAUACGAAACUCAAAUUGAAGGAUUUUUGAACUUGUUUGGAAUGACAAAACGUGAAAAUCCUGAGCAUACACCAUAUCUGAAAACAAAUAUGCGAAAACUUUUAGAUAAUUACUUAGAAAUCUUGAGCAUAUGUUCUGAAGUUGUCUUCUCUAAUCAUUUACACACAAACAUGAAAGAAGAUCUUCGUGAUGGUUACAACUGGCUCAUGGUAAGAUUAGAAAACCUUCCAAAAAAUAAAUUUGACUACCUACCGAUUGUUGGAAACACUGAAAGACCAAGUCAAGAUAGAAUCUUUGUGGAUAAGUUUGUGGGUCGUCCUGUAGAUGAAGGUACAGCCUUUUGGUUAUCUCAUAGACAAUAUAAUAAACGACGUGAAAGAGUGGCGGCUACAUAUGUGAUAGAAUUCAUGGCUCAACAUCGAAAUCAUUGGAUCAAGUACUUGACUCCUUCAAGUUCUCGGAGUCAUACGUUACAUGUCACAACCUUUAUGACUUUCACAAAUAGGGUAAGACCAUUGAAAUACAGUACUCCAAAAUGAAGAAGAUAACAAGCAAGGUGAGCUGAGACAAGGUGUGAUGGGGUUAUAUGGGAUGGUAGUCUAUAUGUCAUUGUAGAAGAGCAUUUCAUUAUCUUGAUAUGUAGCAACAAUGGAGGCUCACGACUGACUAAUAUACCUGAGCUACAAUGCUUGGUUCUGCAGUAAUGCAACUUGAAUUGUGGGGUUUUCCUGGAAUUCAUGUGCAAU